CCUAGGAGACCGGACGCGAGGCUAGCUGCUGACAGAGCUGGGCGGGCCGCGCCCAGCCGGUCGCCAUGGAGUUUCCUCCAGGGCAGUGCGAGGAUGUCCGCGCCUCUGACUGCGACUCGGACCCAGAACUGGAGCCUGACCCCGACGCGCAGGCCGAAGCCUAUGUGGCCCGCGUGCUGGGCCCGCCGAAGCCCGGACUGGCUCCCCCGCGCGCCUCGUUACCAUCCACGCCCGCAGCAGCCCCUGGCGCCCUGGAGCCCCGGGCUGCGUCCAGGGUCCCCACGGUGGGUGCGCCGGGCCUGCUGAGCCUGCCCCCGGAGCUGCUCCUCGAAAUUUGCGCCUACCUGGACGCGCGCCUCGUGCUCCAUAUUCUGCCGCGUGUGUGCCACGCACUGCGUGACCUUGUGCGCGACCAUGUCACCUGGAAGCUCCGCGCACAGCGCCGCGUUCGUGCGCCCUACCCAGUGGUGGAAGAGGAGGACUUCGACUGGCCGACUGCCUGCAUUGAGUUGGAGCAGCACCUGGCGCGCUGGGCUGAGGAUGGGCGCCGGGCCGAGUACUUCUGCCUGGCUGAUGGACACUUUGCUUCCAUUGACUCAGUGCUGCUGCUUCAGGGUGGGACGCUCUGUCUGUCAGGCUCUCGAGAUCGCAAUGUCAACCUAUGGGACCUGCGGCAGCUUGGGGCAGAGCCUAGCCGGGUUCUGAUCAAGGCCUUGGGCACCCAGAAGGGCAGCACCCACAAGGGCUGGGUGUGGUCGCUGGCAGCCCAGGAUCACCAUGUGUGCUCUGGCUCCUGGGACAGUACCGUCAAGCUGUGGGACAUGGCAGCUGAUGGGCAGCAGUUUGGUGAGCUAAAGAGCAAAGCGGCAGUGCUGUGCCUCUCCUACCGGCCUGACAUCCUGGUGGCUGGCACCUAUGACAAGAAGGUGACCAUCUACGACCCUAGAGCUGGCCCAGCCUUGCUAAAGAGCCGGCGGCUGCACUCGAGCGCGGUGCUGGCAUUGCUGGCCGAUGACAAGCACAUCAUCUCGGGCAGUGAGGACCACACCUUGGUGGUGUUUGACCGCCGCACCAACAGUGUCCUGCAGAGAAUGCAGCUGGACUCCUACCUGCUGUGCAUGUCUUACCAGGAGCCCCAGCUCUGGGCUGGUGACAACCAGGGUCUGCUGCACGUCUUUGCCAACCGUGAUGGUUGCUUCCAGCUUGUCCGGUCCUUUGACGUGGGCCACAAAUCUCAGAUCACAGGCAUCAAACACUCUUUAGGAGCCUUGUACACUACAUCCACUGACAAGACCAUCCGGGUGCAUGUACCCACGGACCCGCCCAGGACCAUCUGCACUCGCAGCCACCACAAUGUGCUGAAUGGGAUAUGUGCUGAGGGCAAUGUGGUGGUGGCUGCAUCAGGAGGCUUGUCCCUGGAAGUCUGGAGGCUGCAGGCCUGAGCUCGUGGAUGUGGAUGUGGAUAUAGAUGUGGAUGUGGAUGCUGCUCUACACUGCCAACAGGCAGGCUGAGCCUUGGCUUCUGCUCUUGGGGGACCUGAGCCCCCACUGGUGCUGCCUCUGCCUCUGACCCACAGGCUGAGGACCCACAGAGUGCCAUGGCUGGGUGGGACUUCUUGGUUGGUCCCUGUGCCUGGGGAUGUGACUUUGCAGUUCUGACCCACUUGGGGGCCUGCUCCCCACCCCUGGGCCCCAUUUGGUUGUAUGUCCCUGUUGAGAGCUCAGGAGAAUAAACCUGAUUGAC